AAUAAUUUCUGGAUGAUUAACGGUUGAAAGUGCCCCUGUUUAGCCCAUUUCCACGUAGCUUCCCACGCGGAUGCGGGGAUUCCUCCUUUGGCUGCCUGCAACGCUGCAUCUCGCUCUCGUCGCCCGCGCCAUCUCGUCUCCCGCCGGGUCACCCCCAAGUCUCCUCCUCCCUCGCCGUAAUCAGGCAAACGAUCCUACUCCUCCUCCUCCUACGCAUUCCCUUCUUGUGCUCGGCUCCGAUCUCCUGCUCCACUCUCUGAUUGCUGUAGAAAUCACCACUCGUCUUUGCACGCCAUGUGUUCGUUCGUUUGCCUGUGAGAAGCAUUACCACCAUACUUGCCAGGAAGCUUCUUCGCACGCCAUGUGUUCGUUCGUUUGCCUGUGAGAAGCAUCGCCACCGUACUUGCCAAGAAGCUUCACCGAGCUGCUUGCUACUACCUCUGCAAGAUCCCUGCUUUUACCUCUGGCACGGCAGCUUAGUAGUAGUAGUCUCGCUGUAACUUCCCAUCCAAUUCCGAGCGGAUAAUCAGCUCAGCCCGCUACAAGAACCCGUUGAGGGGUUGAGCCAAGCAGCAAUUGUCUCCUUCACCAGUUCCAGCCCCGAGUCUUUGAGUCAACGCCUCCGCAUUCUUGGCUUCCGCCAUGGGUUGGCUCCAGCAGCUCAAACCUCUGUCCGACGUCCCCGACAAGAUCGGGGGUUUCCUCUUCAACCUCGCAUGGUCCAAGGGGACCCGCCUGUGGAACGUCGAGGAGGAGGCCGAGAAGCUGCGGCGCACCGAGAAGCGCAUCCGCGCGCUGCUCAGGGACGCCGAGGAGCGCCGCUACAUCGACGACGAAUCCGUCAAGCUCUGGCUCCUGGAGCUCAAGUCCGUCGCCUACGACGCCGAGACACUGCUCGACCGCCUGACCACCUUCACCGCCGUGGCCAGGCUGGAAAGCGCGGAGCCAUCGCGGAAGCGGAAGCGCUCCUGGCUCAAUUUGCAGCUCGGUCCCCGGCAGCGGUGGGGGCUGGACGCGAAGAUCACCGAGAUCAACGAACGGCUCGACGAGAUCGCUAGGGGCCGCAAGAGGUUCAAGUUCCAGCCCGGGGAUGCGGCGAGGAGGGCGCAGCCAGGACAGCGGCCGCGGUUUGUUGAAGUUGCGGCUUGCCAUGAUGAAAGCUCUCAGAUUUUCGGUCGUGCCAAGGAGAAGGAGGAGGUUGUACAAGCACUUUUGUCGGAUCACACCAUCCCCCUGCCGGUGAUCUCCAUUUAUGGCGCGGCAGGAAUUGGGAAGACGACGUUGGCACGCUUGGUGUACAACAAUGCUGAGGUACAGAGUUCUUUUCCAACUAGAAUCUGGGUUUGUUUGUCUGACAAAUGUGAUGUGACAAAGGCUACAAAGAUGAUCAUGGAAGCUAUCACCAAAGUAAAAUGUGAUGCAUUGAGCUUGGACAUAUUGCAGCAGCAGCUUCAGGAGCACCUGAGCACUACCAAGUUUUUACUGGUGAUUGAUAAUCUCUGGGCUGAGGAUUAUAACUUCUGGGAACUGCUGCGGUGCCCAUUGCUUGCUGGGGAAAAGGGAAGUAAGGUUUUAAUAACAACUCGGAAUGAAAGAGUUUGGAGGAGGACGACGUCUACAAUCCUCCCUGUACAUUUGAAGGGUUUGGAUGAUGAAGAAUGCUGGCUUCUCCUAAAAAAGUAUGCGUUCUUGCAUGGGCAAGGUAGGGAGAAUGAUGCCUUGUCAAAAACUGGGAGGAUGAUUGCAGCGGACUGUCGAGGUUCCCCAUUAGCAGCCAAAUCACUCGGGAUGCUUUUGUCUGAUACUAAUGGAGAGGAAGAAGAAUGGCUCAAUAUAUCAAACCAAAUGCGGAUUCUUAAUGAAGACAACAACAGGAUCUUGCCAAGUUUGCAGAUAAGCUAUCAUCACUUGCCAUAUCAUCUGAAGCAGUUGUUUACCCUUUGUUGCUUGUUUCCUGUUGGGCAUGAAUUUGAGAAGGAUGAGGUGAUCAGAUUGUGGAUUGCAGAAGGCCUGAUUCAGUGCAAUGCUAGGAGGCGUUUGGAGGCAGAAGCAGGAAGAUUUUUUGAUGAGCUUCUGUGGAGAUCAUUCUUUGAAACCUCUGGCAGUUCAACAAAUCAAAGAUACAGGGUGCCAAGCCUCAUGAAUGAGCUUGCAUCGCUUGUUUCAAAAUCUGAAUGUUUGUGUAUUGAGCCUGGUAACUUACAGGGUGGCAUAAACCGUGACCUGGUCCGAUAUGUAUCUAUCCUGUGUCAAAAGGAUGAACUCCCGGAGCUGACUAUGAUCUGCAACUAUGAAAACAUAAGAAUAUUGAAACUGUCUACUGAAGUAAGGAUUUCUCUAAAAUGUGUUCCCUCAGAGCUUUUCCACAAGUUAAGUUGUUUACGGACACUGGAAAUGAGUAACAGUGAACUAGAGGAGUUGCCAGAGUCAGUUGGAUGCUUGACACACCUUAGAUACAUUGGCCUACGCAAAACACUUAUUAAAAGGCUUCCUGACUCAGUUAGCACCUUGUUCAACCUGCAGACUCUAGAUCUCAGGGAAUGCUACCGUCUUACUGAGUUACCUGAAGAGCUAAGUCGGUUAGUUAAUUUACGUCACCUAGACUUGCACCUUGAAUGGGAUAGAAUGGUACCAAUACCAAUGCCAAGAGGGAUUGACAAGUUAACUUCCCUUCAAACACUUUCCAGAUUUACUGUGACUGCUGAUGCUGAGGGCUACUGCAACAUGAAGGAAUUGAAGGACAUCAAUAUACGUGGUGAACUUUGCCUGCUGAAAUUGGAAUCUGCCACCCAUGAGAAUGCGGGGGAAUCCAAGUUGAGUGAGAAGCAAUAUGUUGAAAAUCUGAUGCUGCAAUGGAGUUACAAUAAUAAUCAAGCAGUAGAUGAAAGCAUGCGGGUUAUAGAAUCACUCCGUCCUCAUUCUAAGCUGAGGAGCCUAUGGGUUGAUUGGUACCCUGGGGAAAAUUUUCCUGGAUGGAUGGGGGAAAGUUCUUUCACCUAUCUUGAAAAUCUGAGGAUUUGUGACUGCAGAAAUUCCCGGCUUCUUCCGUCUUUUGGAGAACUGCCAAAGCUAAAAAAAUUGCAUCUUGGAGGCAUGCAUAGCCUACAAAGCAUGGGCACUCUUUUGGGUUUUCCAUCUCUAGAGGUUUUGACUUUGUGGGACAUGCCUAAUCUUCAGACAUGGUGCGACUCGGAGGAAGCAGAACUUCCUAAGCUCAAGGAGCUUUAUAUAAGCCAUUGCCCAAGAUUGCAAAAUGUGACAAAUCUUCCUCGUGAGCUUGCUAAGCUGGAGAUAAAUAACUGUGGCAUGUUGUGUUCUCUUCCUGGGCUUCAACACCUUCAUGAUCUAGUCGUUCGUAGAGGCAAUGAUCAACUAAUCGGAUGGAUCAGCGAGCUGAUGUCUCUGACUUCACUAACGCUGAUGCAUUCUACAGAAACGAUGGAUAUACAGCAGUUACAACAGUUGAGUGCGUUGAAGAGAUUAAAGAUUGGAGGAUUUAAACAGCUUUCCUCAGUGUCUGAUAAUAGCGGCAUGGAGGCACUCUCUUCCCUUGAGUUCCUUGAGAUAUCAUCCUGCACAGAACUCCAGCGAUUUUCUGUUGUGGGAUUGCAAUCACUGAAGGAUUUCAAGCUUCGCCAUUGCACCAAGCUGGAAGCUCUGCCAACAGGUUUGGGCAACUUGGGAUCUCUUAGAUGUGUUGAAAUUCACGACAUUCCUAACUUGAGAAUAGACAAUACUGGCACGGUAUUGCCUGAUAGUGUCUCCUAUCUGACAUUAAGUGGAUGUCCGGAUCUGGAGAGUUGGUGCAGGAACACGGGCGCCCAGAGAGUAAAGAAAAUCCCUAAUGUAAAGAUUGGAUUCUAAUCGUUGCUGGAGUACCUUGUAAAUCAGGACACUGUGGAUGGGAGUCGUCCAAGUCUAUUCUUCAUUUGUGCAUGUGCUCCCUCCUUGCGUAACAUGUGUUCUCUAUUUCAUUUUUAACUUGUGAGAGUUAAUUUUUUUUUGCCUUAUUUCCUUUUGGAAGCUAUGUCAUUGUUGAUCUGUUAAUCUGUUUGAAAUGUAUUUGUGAAAUUUGGUGUUACCAGCUUUGUUCUUGGGAAAAUUUGAGCAACCUCGGUCCUCAAAUGUGUAUGGUUUGUUCAAUUGUUUUGACGUUAAUAAGUCGUUAAUUUUAUCUGAUA